CCGUGUGUGAGACCGUGUGUGAGACAGUGUGUGAGACAGUGUGUGAGACCGUGUGUGAGACAGUGUGUGUCGGUGAGACAGUGUGUGAGACCGUGUGUGAGACAGUGUGUGUCGGUGAGACAGUGUGUGAGACCGUGUGUGAGACCGAGUGUGAGACAGUGUGUGUCGGUGAGACAGUGUGUGAGACCGUGUGUGAGACCGUGUGUGAGACAGUGUUAGACAGUGUUAGACAGUGUGUGUCGGUGAGACAGUGUGUGUCGGUGAGACCGUGUGUGAGACCGUGUGUGAGACCGUGUGUGAGACAGUGUUAGACAGUGUGUGUAAUUCUUUUGAGCAUGCUCAGAUGGUGAAGACACAACUAGAAGAACAUCUUUAAAAGUGCCGAGAUGAAGGGCGGGCUGCUGUUCUGCUGGGUGCUGCUGCUGGGGUCCGGGGGUCACGCCCUGGGGUCCGGCUGCUUCCUGGACGUGGUGAGGGGACGCUGGGCCUUCCUCUCCCCCUCAGCCCUCAACACCAGGGCGGAGGAGGCAGAGGACUGCAAGGUGGAGGUGGUGACCAACGAACCGAUAACACAGAGAGUUGGAAGACUCUCUCCACAGGUGUUUGAUUGCAGCUUCCAGGAGGAGGAGGUGAAGUACGUCCACAACGGGAGUCCUCUGCUGGACCAGGACUCUGUGAAGCUCAGAGUCUACAGGUUCUCGGCCUCGUCCACGGUGCUGCGGACCCUGGUCCUGACCGUCAGGGUCCUGGAGGGGGGGUCCGGUCUGGUCCAGCUAGGCUCCGCCCCCCUGGUGGUCCUGGGGUUCUACGGAUGGUCCGAGCCAAUCAACAGCUCCGUCCUGUCCAUCAACCCCCCCGGGGGCGUGGCCUGUUCUGUGCGCCUGAUUACAUCACAGAGCGAGCUGCCGUCCGCGGGCCGGCUGGUCCUGGGGGAGGAGUCCUGGAAGGGGGAGGAGUCCUGGCAGGAGAAGGGACCCCCAGGCCGGGAGGGGUCCGAGUGCCCGGGGAACAGGCCCUGCCUCCACCCCCCCCCCGGGCCCCGGGCCCUGAAGAUGGGCUGCCUGGAGUUCCUGGAGGCGGGGCUCCGGUACCAGCACCUCCGCCCCCCCUCCCCCCAGAUCGACUACGUUCCCCUGAGGGUGGAGCUCCGGGACCACAGCUCCAGGACCCUGAUGGAGGCGGAGGCGGUCUGGGUCCCGGUCCUGGUCCAGGGAGCUCUGCAGAACCAGCCCCCCCAGGCUUCCUUCAUGGCCUCCUUCCUCCUGGAGGUGGACCAGUUCAUCCUGACCCCUCUGACCACGGCCGCGCUGGACGCCGCGGACCCCGACGGCCCCCAGAGCGGGCUGCUCUUCAACGUGACCGUCCCCCCCGCCCAGGGGUACCUGGCCCACCUGGACGACCCGACCCGGGCCGUGAGCUCCUUCAGCUGGGACGACCUGCACCACAUGAACAUCGCCUUCCAACCGCCCAGCAGCGGCCACGCCUGUCGACAGAACCUCCAGGUGGAGUUCCAGGCCCUGGACUCGUCGUUCUCGACCAGCCCCCCCAUCCUGCUCCACAUCUCCAUCCGGACCAGCGAGACCAACGCCCCCCGAGUCUCCUGGAACAUGGGUCUGGACCUGCUGGAGGGCCAGUCUCGACCAAUCACGUGGGAGGACCUGCAGAUCGUGGACAACGACAACAUCGAGGCGGUCCGGCUGGUGGCCGUGGACGGGCCGCGGCACGGCAGGCUCACCCUCAGAGGUGUGCGGGCGCUGUGGUUCUCGGUGUCUGACCUGCGGGCCGGUCGGGUGGUGUACCACCACUCGGACAGCGACUCCACCCGCGACCACAUCGUGUUCCGCAUCACCGACGGCAACCACAGCCUCCGCCACCGCUUCCCCGUCCACAUCCUGCCCAAGGACGACGCCCCCCCCUUCCUUGUCAACAACGUUGCCGUGGAGACGAGGGAGGGCGGGGCCGUUCGCCUGGAGGACUACAUGCUAUUGGCUGCCGACCUGGACUCCAGCGAUGACCACAUCCUGUUCCGGAUAGUCUCCGCCCCCCGGGCAGGCCGACUGGAGAGGCGGGGCUCCGCCCCCGGUCCAGGGGUCCCGAUAGACAGGUUCCUCCAGAGGGACCUGUCCCAGGGCCAGGUCUACUACGUCCACUCGGGCCAGGAGGUCUUUGAGGACUCCUUCGACUUCACGCUGUCUGACUCCCAGACCCCCCCCAACACCUCCCCCCCCCAGACGGUGGUGGUGCAGGUGUUCCCGGUGAAGGACCAGGUCCCGGAGGAGGGGGUCGGCGCGGUGCGGGCCCUGAGGGUCCGGGAGACGGAGGUGGUCCUCCUGACCCGCGCCCAGCUCAGCUUCAGGGACCCGGAGCAACCCCACGCAGACCUCAGCUACCGCCUCAGCGAGGGCCCCAGCAGCCCCGCCCGGCCCGGGCUGAUGGACGCCGGUCGUCUCUUCUUGACGGACAGCAACAGCUCCAUGAAGAAGGACCCCAUGGUGCCAGUGCUGAAGGCCUUCACCCAGCAUGGCGUGGACCACCUGAAGGUGGGCUUCAUGCCCCCUGUGGAGGACAUCGGCCCGGACCCCCUGCUGGUCACCUUCACCUUCUCCGUCACCGACCUGCAGGGCGGCUCCGUCAGCGGCCUCAGUUUCAACAUCACCGUCCUCCCGGUGGACGACCGGCCCCCCGAGGUGUACACCAACCUGCUGCAGGUGGAGGAGGGCGGGGGGGUGUUUAUGACGGAGGAGCACCUCCGGCUGCGUGACGUGGACAGCCGGGAGGAGCAGCUGCGGGUGGAGGUGGAGGAGGAGCCCCUCCAUGGUCGGCUGGAGCUCCAGGGCCGAGCGCUGCAGCAGGACCAGAGCUUCACCCUGGAGGACCUCCGGGGCCUGAGGCUACGGUACGUCCAUGACGACUCCGAGACCAGCGAGGACUCCACGGUCCUGAGGGUGACGGACGGACACAACAACGCCAGCGUCCGUCUGUCCAUCCAGGUGGUCCCGGUGAACGACGAGCCCCCCCAGCUGAGCCCGGGUCUGCGGGGGGAGCUGCGGUGCCAGGAGGGGGGGCGGGUCCAGGUGAGCCUGGACUACCUGAGGGCCACGGACCCGGACAGCGAGGACUCCAGGCUGAGCUACAUGCUGACCCGCCGCCCGGCGCGCGGACAGCUGCAGAACCGGGGCCUGGAGGUGGAGCGCUUCACCCAGCAGGACCUGCUGCUGGGACACAUCUACUACGUCCACACCGGCGGAGAGGUGGGGGCGGACCCCGUGUCCGACACCGUCACCCUCAUCGUGUCGGACGGGGAGGCGGGGGGGGCGGAUGGCUGUUGUCACGGAGACGCCCCCCCGCCCCCCGCCCCCCUCCACGGGUCACUUCCUGUGUACGACCUCAACGUCACCGUGCUUCCUGUCAACAACCAGGUCCCCGCCGUAACCAUGGGCGGCUUCAUGCUGGCGGUGGAGGAGGGGUCGUGGGUCUGUCUCUGUGGGGGGGCUCUUGGGGCGCUGGACGCAGACAGCCCCCCCGACCUGCUGACCUUUCACCUGGAGACCCCCCCCCUCCACGGCUUCCUGGAGAACACCCUGCCCCCGCCUGGACACCAGAAGAGCAACGCAGGGCUCAGCAUCGACUCCUUCAGCCUCGCCCACCUCACCCUGGGCUACAUCAACUACGUCCAAUCAGAGCACAAGGGGGUGGAGCCUACUGCGGACCAGCUGUCACUCAGCGUGAGUGACGGGCUCCAUCGCUCCUCCCCCUCGACCCUCCUCAUCACCAUCAACCCGACCAAUGACGAGGCUCCGACCCUCCUCCUCACCAACUUCACUGUGGGGGAGGGGGGUCUGGUGGAGCUGGGGCGCUCCGUCCUGGACGGCCGGGACCUGGACGCCCCCACGGGGGUCCUGACCUUCACCCUGCUGACCCCCCCGCUGCACGGCCUUCUACUGAGGGGGAGCCACGGCCGCGACCCCGCCCACUACCGGGCCCUGGCCCCCCACCUCCUACUGGACCUCUCCGUCACCUCCUUCACCCUCAGCCAGCUGCACCAAGGCCCCGCCCUCCUGUAUCUCCACGACGACUCGGAGGGCGCUGACGACCGUCUGGAGCUGCAGCUGAGCGACGGACGGCGCCGCGUCCGGGGGUCCACCGCCAUCAGGGUGCUGCCCGCCAACGACCAGCCCCCCCGCCUCCGCACGAACGGCGGUCUCCAGGUGGGCUCCGGGCUCCAGGCGGGCUCCGAGCUCCAGGCGGGCUCCAGGCUCCAGGCGGGCUCCAGGCUCCAGGCGGGCUCCGGGUGGAGGCUGAUCUGCAGCAAGGUCCUGGAGGCGGAGGACCUGGACACGCCCCCUGACCAGCUGCUCUACGUCCUGGAGGCGGGGCCACGGCUCGGCUCGCUGCAGCUCAGGAGCGGCCCUGAUUGGUUGGUUCUCUCCGCCGGUCAGAACUUCACCCAGGAGGACGUGGACCUUAACCGCCUGGCCUACGCCCCCCCUGGGGUCAGGGGUCAGGACAGCUUCAGCUUCCACCUCAGCGACGGGCAGAACGACUCUCCAUCCCAGAGCUUCAGCAUCUCAAUGCCCGGCUCCACGCCAGGGCCCCUGGUGCUGCUGAGCGGAGCGGUGGCCCUCAAGGCGGGGGCCCGGGCGGUCCUGACGACCGACACCCUGCUGGCCCGGGACGGGGGGGGGCGGGCGGAGGCGCUGCUGUUCAGCGUGACGGAGGCGCCGCUCCACGGGGUGCUGCACCUGGCCCAGCACCCCGGGGUGCCGCUGCUCGCCUUCACCCAGCUGGACGUCUCCGCCCACCGCGUCUGCUACACCCACGAUAACCGCCGGGGCCCCCCCGACGACGGCUUCAGCUUCCUGGUUACCAACGGCGACCAGACCGUCAGCGGGCGUGUGUCGCUGCUGAUUCGUCAUGGCGACCGCGUGGCGCCCACCCUGACCCGCAACGCCCCCCUGCGGCUGGGGGCGGGGUCAUUGGGGGUCAUCCCCCCCGCGCUGCUGGCCCUCAGCGACCCGGACACGCCCCCCGCCCGCCUCCGCUACGCCGUGACACGCCCCCCGCGCCACGGCGACCUGCUGCUGCUGGGCCACGCCCCCUCAGAGGGCCACGCCCCCCCGUUGCUCAGCUUCACCCAGGACGACAUCGACCGCCAGGCGCUGGCCUAUCAGCACUGGGCAGGAAGUCCCGCCCUCACGGACGCGUUCCACUUCCUGCCGAGCGAUGGAACAAACGAGGGCUUCCUGGAGGCGGGACGGCUGAGGGCGGAGCCAGCGGAGUUCACAAUAGAGGUGCAGCGGUUGGACCUGCGCCCCCCCACCCUGGCCCGGGCCGGCCGGCCCAGCAGGGUGGUGGACCUGGGGUCCGGGCGGCGGGGGCUGGCCAUCACCCCCCGGGACCUCCAGGCCACUGACCCCGACUCCCCCCACCCCCUGCUGGAGUACAUCGUCACCGGCCCCCCCCAGCACGGAGCCCUGGAGAACACCCUCACAGGCGGAUCCAUCGUGGGCCGGUUCACCCAGCAGGACGUGGACCGGCGGGCCGUGGUCUACCUGCUGCCCCGGGACCUGGAGGUCACCGCAGACCGGUUCAGCUUCAGGCUCAGAGACCCCGCAGGCAACACCGGACCCCCCCAGAGUCUGCAGCUCUCCUGGUCGCGGGUGCAGCUAGCGGUUAGCUGCUACCGGGUGUGCGAGGCGUCGGGCCGGCUGGAGGUCCGGGUGGUCCGCUCCGGGGCCAGCCAGGACCCCGCCUACGUCGCCAUCCAGGUGGUAGAAGGAAGCGCCAAACUGGACAAAGACUUCAGUCACAGCAGCGCAAAGCUGAUCCAGUUUGACCCAGGGGUCAACGUGAAGACCUGGACCGUCUAUCUCCAUGACGACCAGCUGGAGGAGAACAACGAGAGCUUCAGCAUCACUCUGAGUAACCCUGACAACGCUGUUCUAGGUCCCCUCCACACCGCCACCGUGGAGAUCAUCGACCCCAGAGGAGGAUCAUGUGACCCCGAAGAUCUGAAGGUGGAGGACAAAAGCUCCACCCCUACUCCACCCGCCACUGCAGAGGAGGAGGAGGAGGAGCCUAUCACAGACAUAGAGGCGGAGCUUCUGUGGGACAGCCACGACCCUCCUGCCCGGGGCGAUGUGCCCCGCCCCCAGGACCACGACUAUGUGGAAGAGGCGGAGCCCCAGGACCAGCCGCCGCAGUACCACCUCAGACCAGCAGGGGGCGCCAUACCGCCGCAGUACCCCCUCAGACCAGCGGGGGGCGCCAUACCACCGCAGUACCCCCUCAGACCAGCGGGGGGCGCCAUACCACUGCAGUACCCCCUCAGACCAGCGGGGGGCGCCGGAGCUGCGCCACACUGGCAGGACGCCGCUCACACUGGGACCAGGGACCGAGUCUGGACCGUCCACAGUCUGGGGUCCUCCUGGGUCCAUGAGGGUCCGGCUCAGACCAGGACCCCCCAAGACCCGCAAGACCCCCAAGACCACCUACAGGAGCCCCCACACACACACCAGACCAAGCCCCCCCAGGGUCCCGGGGGGUCGGAGGUCAGGUGUGGGCGGGGCUGGACGCUCCACAGUGGGAGGUGCUACCGGCUGGGAGGGGGCGUGGCUACCUGGAGCAGCGCCCAGAGGACCUGCUCCCUGCUGUUCCAGGGCGGUCUGACGGCCGUCCACUCGGGGAAGGAGCUGGCCUGGCUCUGGAGGUUCGCUGGACGCAAGCCCUUCUGGAUCGGUCUGACUGGGGGGCCAGGGAAGUGGGCGUGGCAGGAUGGGCGGAGCCUGCAGUUCUCCAGGUUGCGGCCCCAGCGGGGGGCGGCAGGCCCGGGGGGGGUCUCAGGGGGGGGCCAGGGGGGGUCCCGUUGUGUUCUGGUCCAGAACGUGCGGACCUGGACCCCCGCCAGCUGCACCGAGGAACCACAACACGCAUUCAUCUGCUCAGCCUCUGCACCCCGCCCUGAGCCAUCCUCAGGAACACAUGAACCAUGA